CGAAACUAUAGCUGUGGUGACCGGUGCAAAUAGGGGGAUCGGGUUUGAGAUAGUCCCACCAGCUCGCGUUGCACGAGAUCACAGUCAUUCUCACAUCACGAGAGACGGGCGUUGGCCAAGAGGUAGCAAAGGUGUUGCAAGAAGGAGGUUUGAAUGUAGUGUUUCACCAACUAGACAUCACAGACCCUCCAUCAAUCCAAUCAUUUGUUCAAUGGCUCAAACAAGAAUAUGAUGAUAAACAAUGCUGGAGUGAAUUACAAUGCUGGAUCAGACAACUCUGGAAAAAGCUGAGCAAAUUAUCCAGACAAACUAUUUUGGUACCAAAAACAUGAUCAAGGCAAUGGUUCCUCUUAUGAGGCCUUCCGAGCCAGGUGCUCGGAUCGUUAAUGUCAGUUCCAAAUUGGGAAGGCUUAGCGGGAGGAGAAAUAGAAUUGAAAACGCUGAAGAACGAAAAAAGCUGGAAAACGAGGAGUUGCUGUCCGAGGAGUUGAUUGAUGAAGUGAUGGAAACAUUCUUGAAGGAAGUGAAGGAUGGGAGUUGGAAAGAAGGGGGAUGGCCUAAUGUGUUUACAGACUAUUCUUUGUCGAAACUGGCGGUUAACACGUACACAAGGCUGAUGGCGAGGGAGUUUGCUAGUCGGCCAGAAGGGCAGAAGAUAUACAUCAAUUGCUACUGCCCCGGGUGGGUGAGGACCGCUAUGACUAGCUGGGCUGGACAUAUUAGUAUCGAGGAUGGAGCUGACACAGCCGUGUGGCUCGCCUUGCUUCCUGAUCAGUUUGUGACUGGCAAGUUCUUCUCCGAGAGGCGGGAGAUCAAUUUCUGAGGUGCAAGAUGUUGUUCUGUGAAGUACAUUUCUGUUGCACUGGCUCCCACGUUUAGUUAGUAUUCGGGGAAACAAGCAUGGUGCAUUGAUGGUAUAUAGUAUGUCUGUUUGUGUUUAAAUUUUUUUUGGAAAUUUGCUGAUUGAUUUGCAUUAUGGGAGGACUUCGGAGAAUGAACAAGAGCAACGUCGUUCGUCUGCAUCGUUCUGUCUGUUCUACUAUUGGAAUUUGGAACUGGUUUGCUUUUGCUAUCGGAAUAUGAUACAAGAACAACAGUCAUUUACAACAAGAACAGUACUAGUAGAUUUUUGGGUAGU